GGAAAGGAUUAUGAUUACGUUAAGGUACUUGACUUCUGGAUGCAUGUUUACUGCUUUGGGUUUAUAUUUCCAAAGAGGUGAAACAACCGUUGGACUAGUCGUAGAAGAAACUACUAAAGCCAUUUGGAACUCGCUAAAGCAAAAAUAUAUGCCACUUCCUAGUACGGAAAGAUGGAAAGAUAUUUCAAAAAGAUUUUUUGACUUAUGGCAAUUACCGAACUGCUUAGGGGCUAUCGAUGGAAAACAUAUCCGAAUUCAAAAGUACCCGAAUUCCGGAUCAGCCAAUUUUAAUUAUAAAAACUAUCAUUUGGUAAUUUUAAUGGCUAGUUGCGAUGCUGAUGGCUUAUUUACAAGUACAGAAUGUGGCUUUGCGGGUCGAAAUAGCGACGGAGGUGUUUUCCGCGUUUCAACUUUUGGUCGUUGGUUGGAUAGCAAUAAUAAUUUACCAUCUUCAAGCAGACUUCCGUAUGACGAAAGUGACAAUCAAUUUCCGUAUUAUUUUGUGGCCGACAGCGCAUUCCCCUUGAGGAAAAAUAUAAUGCGACCUUUCCCCGAAAGAAAUAUAAAUAAUAAAAGGCGAAUAUUCAAUUAUAGAUUGAGUCGUGGUAGAAAAAAUAUAGAGUGCGCUUUCGGAAUGAUGACUCAGAAGUUCCAGGUUUUUUUAACACCUAUACGUUGCCGAAAAUACGAAACUAUUAUUUCAAUCGUUCAGAGUGCUUGUAUUUUACAUAAUUAUAUACGAAUAACAGACGGGGUACCAUACAGAACCUCUUUACAAGAAGCUACACGUAUCCAACAAAGCCAAGAAAUUCUGCCAGAGACACACAAUUUUAAUAUAAACGAAAAUACUUCACCUCAAGAUUUGCGCAGUUAUUUAGCUAACUAUUUUGUAUUAUCAAAUGUAGCUUUGCCGUGGCAAUGGAAUUAUUGUUUAUAAAUACAUACAGUGGUCGAAAAGAUUAUAACUGCACCAUGUUUUGACCAAUUUUAACAUAUUAUUUUGCUGUUAUUCUUUAACGUGUAAAUCCAAGUUUCAAACUUUGUG